AUGUCUACAAUUGAAAACAUCAACACUGAUCUCACUCACAUAGAAAAUCCUAUCCGACAAAUACCGCGUCUAGAUAAAUGGGAAGAUAUCCCAUUUCCUUCUAUUUAUGACAAAGAAUUCAGCUCAAGAUGGUCUUUGAAAGAUCGUCAAAAGUUUGACGAGUCUAUUCGUAAACGUGUAAUUGAAUACAGAAAGGAGCCUCCUACUGAAAAACUGAUGUCGCACAGUUAUGUAGAGCAGUAUUUACCGUUCAAAUCUUCCCAAGAAUUCAAUGAUAGCCAUACUUCUGAAGAUGGAAGUAUUCAGUUCGGAAAGAUUUUAGAAGCAAUUGAUGAUGUAGCUGGAGUAAUUUCGGGAAGACACAUCGAGUGUAUGAAAGUGAAUGACAUAUUCGUCAAUCUCACGGUUGGUAUAGAGCAAAUAUACCUCAAUAUGCCAGAUUCAAUUGAGGACUACAAGCUUAGUGGAUGUGUUGCUUACACAAAGGGUACCUUGUUAGUCGUUGUUCUUUCACUAGAAAUGGUCAAGCAUGAAAAUAUUACAAUGGACACCAGGAUUCUUCGCCCCAUAGUUGUUCCUGGUCUAGGUGCUCAAAACCAAAACACUGUAGCGAUAUUUGAAGCUACCUUUAUGCAGUUCAAUACAUUAAUUGGAAAACCGUGCAAAGUAGGCCAACUUAAAUGCACAACCCUUUCAGAAAAAUUAUUAUUCGACCGCACGGAGAAAAAGAUUGCAGCUCAACAGAAUAAUAACCAAAUUCAGCAAAAGCUAGCACUUUGCACGCAAGAGAACAUUAUAUCAAAUUGCAUAUUAAAUACUGAGCAAGAUCAAGGUUCAGACGUCCUUGGAUCAGUGGCAAUUUCUGAUACGCAAGUUGAGAGCCAUGGAAUAACAACUCCACAAGAUAGAAAUGCACAUGGAACUACGUUUGGAGGAUAUCUUGUACACGGAGGUUACAAAGUUGCAUGUUCAGCAGCCACUCACUUCCUUCAAUCAACUGCAUUCAAGCUAGUUAAUAUGAAUGACAUUUGUUUUAUAUUGCCAAUACGCACAGGAGAACACAUCAAGACAUCUGCGCAAGUAAUAUAUUCCGACAGUCGAUCAAACAAGGGAUUUGUUGUACGUGUUCGGAUAGAAACACUAAAUAUCAAGACCAUGAAAUACAAGCUAGCCAUUUUGAUGAAUACAGUAUUUGCUCCUAUCGAUCAAAGUACACCAUUAAAAACUCUGCAGCCAAAAUCUAAUGAAUCUGACCUGUGGAAACAAGGCCAGCACAUAUUCAAUCAAACAUAUAAUGUUGAUCUGUCUUAUCCUUACAAGUCAAACCAGCUUGGACCAAGAUCACACAAACUUUAA